GCGUGGCCGUUGGAACCUGGUCACGACGGCCGUGGCACCGCAAGUAGCUCCGCAGACCAGCUUGUAUGAGCCGUUGGCAGCGAAUAGGAGCUGUUGGCAGCGAAUACAGCAGUCGCGUCGCUGCUACCAGUACAGACUGGUUGCGCAGCCAUGUUGAAGCUGCGCUGUCGGAUGCAAGGUGCAAAUAGCGUGCCGCCGGUAUUAGUGUAGUACGCUCACAUCGCUAUAGCAUCCUGCCGUCGCCCCGUGCGUGGCGUCGCCUCCGUCCGACGUCAUCGUCAUCGUGAUUGCCAACGCGCGGGCGUGCCGAAUCCGCCGAAUCCCGGUGCGUAACCGGACGAUUCCGGUGGCGGAAGAUUGCGGCCAUUUCGCAGCAGCGAUGCACCAGCGCAAACAGCAGCCACCGACGCGCCCGCUGGCCGACGCCGUCGACCGUCCUAACGACGACGCCGUCAAGCCCGUACGCGCGUACUUUCUCAGUGCGUGGGCCAUCGUUGCCUGGCUCUGCCUGCUCUACGGCUUUGUGUUUUGGCGACACACGUGGCUGCCGUCGCCCAAGGACGCGUCGAUUCCGCUGACCGAGUUUUCAGAGGAGCGCGCCCGCCGCUUUCUCGAGGAGCUCCAGGCCAUCGAGGGCGGGUACCGGACGCUCGGCAGUGUUGCGAACGAGGUCGCGACGCCUGCGUGGCUCUUGCGCCACCUCGAAGCCUUCCAGGCGCAGUGCCACUCGCCGUGCAACAUGGAGAUCGAGGUGCAAAAGCCCGAGGGUGCGUUUGGCCUCAAUUUUCUUGCGCAAUUUCAAAACAUUUACGCCAACGUGACCAACGUGCUCGUGCGCCUCUCGGCGUCGCCCGAGGCGUCGCCGCCGAGCCUCCUCCUCUCGUCGCACUACGACGCAGCGAUCGGCGCCGCGGCCGCGUCCGACGACGGCGUCAACAUUGCCAUCAUGCUCGAGCUGCUCCAGAACGCAGUUGCGCGCCCACCGACAGCAACGGCGCUCGUCUUCAACUUUAACGGCGCCGAAGAGACGUUCCUUCAAGCGUCCCAUGGCUUUAUCACGCAGCAUCCGUGGCGUGCGUCGGUGGCUGCGUUCCUCAACCUCGAAGCGGCGGGCGCCGGCGGGCGCGAGCUGCUCUUCCAGACUGGUAGCGACGUCCUGGCGAUGGCGUAUGCGCACGGCGCCCCGUACCCGCACGCGAGCACCAUUGCCCAAGAAGUCUUUCAGUCGGGCGUGAUCCCGGGCGAGACCGACUACCGCACGUACACGGAGUACGGCGAUGUGCCCGGCAUGGACUUUGCGUACGUGGCCAAUGGCUACGUGUACCACACGCCGCUCGACGACAUUUCGCGCAUCCAACUCGGCGCGAUCCAGCGCUUUGGCGAGAACGUCCAGGGCACGAUCGCGCAGCUCUUUGCGUCGCCAGCAACGCUGCGGUCCCUGGGCGCGCAGUCGUCGUUGGGCGGGCACAUUUUCUUCGACGUCUUUGGCUACCGAACGCUGACGCUCUCGACAGAAGUGAGCACGUUCAUCCACGCAGCCCUCGCGCUCUGCAUGCUGCUGUACGUCGGCCUCGUUUCGCGCAUUACGUGGCGCGAGAAGCUAGAUGCGGUGCGCCUCUUGGUGCGCCUCUCGCUUGCGGGUCUUGGCACGGGCCUCCUCGUCGCGCUUGUGCUCUGCGCCUACGCGCCCAUGAGCUGGUUCGCGUCGCCCACGACACGGCUCUGGGUCUUUGUGUUUCCGGUCGCAGCGGGCUUUCUGCACCAGCUGCCCACGGACGACGCGGUGGCCCUGCGCUCGCUGGUCCAGCCGCUUGUCGAAGCGCAGAGCCUCAUGUGGCUUCUUGUGAUGGCGCUGCCCAUGUUUGCCCGCGGCAUCCAAAGCCUCUACCUCGUCAUGGCCUGGGUGAUGUGCCCCCUUGCGGCUCAAGUUGUCGCGCAGUCGCUGCCGACGGGGUACUCGCCCCGCGUCCACGCAGGCUUGCUGCUUGCCGGCAUUGCUGUGCCGCUUUUGCACUCGGUGCAGAUUUACAUUGUUGCCCUGCAGGUGUUUAUCCCGAUCAUGGGGCGCGCCGGCACGUCGCUGCCGUCGGACCUUGUGGUUGCGCUGCUCAUGGCGCUCCUCUCGCUCUUGACGCUCUCGGCGCUCACGCCCGUGCUCUGCUUUGUGCGCCCACUGCACGCGGCGCACGCCAAGACGUCGGCCAUUGCGCUCACGCUGCUGUGCAUCUUUGUGGCGUGUGUCAGCAACCCGUACUCGACCGAGUGCCCGAAGCGCAUCAUCGUGCAGCACAUUCACCGCAACUUUACGCAGCGCCCGGACGCCAACGACGCCGGGCUCUGGGUCCUCGGCUUUGAUUUUCAAGGCCUCGACCCGCUCCGAGCGGCGUUUGGCACGACACCGUGGGCGUUGGCCAUGCACGCUCCGGUCCACGAUGCAGCGAUUCCCGUGGUCUACGACAACUUUCCCUGGGUGUACCCAGUCGCCCCGGUCAUGCCGCUCAAAAAUACGUGGUAUCUGCCGACGAUGGAUGCGCCGGUCUUUGCCGUGCCGACGCUGCUCGAGGUCGUCUCGUCGCGCGUGGACCCAAUGACGCGGCUGCGUCGGCUGCAUUUGCACUUGUCGGGACCGUCCCAGAUCAACAUGUACAUGGAUGCGUCCCGCACCAAACUCGCAUCGUGGUCGCUCGGCAAUGGCACGGACGGUGUCCCAUCGCAGAUUGACGAUGUAUACCUUUUCCAGUUCUCCACUGGGGGCCUCGCGCCGGCGUCGUUUCAUUUCUGGGUCGACGUGGCGACGGACGGACCGAUCGACGUGGCGUACUGCGGCCACUACUUGAACGGCACAACACCCGACCUUGCGACCGCCGCCAAGCUCUUGCCCGACUGGACUGCGCACACGACGUUUACAUCGAGUUGGACGUUGACGCAACUGUAGGUUGAAACAACAUCAAAACUUUCAAGGUUUCAACUGUGCAAUG